UUUGCUCUCAAGGCGUGAGACGCGUUCAUGGUCACUACUGUAGUAGUACUGUAGUCUGAUCUUCUUCAGGGCCGAACUAGUCUACCACCUGUCAAUGCGAUAUUACUCCGUCGUUAACCUCCAGAGCAUGAAGGCGCUAACAUUUGGGCUGACGCUUGUUCGACAUGGGGAAACGCAGUACAAUAAAGAAGGCCUGCUACAAGGCCAGGCUAUAGAUUCCCCCUUAUCUGAGAUCGGGCUGCAGCAGGCCAAGGCAGCAGGCUGCUACCUGAAAGAUGUCAAGUUCAGCAACGUGUUUGUCAGUGAUAUGCUGCGAGCCCAGCAGACUGCUGAAACAUUAAUGAAACACAACAGUAGUUGUUCUGGUCUACAAAUGGUGCGUGACCCUUUACUUAAAGAGAAAAGCUUUGGGAUAGCAGAGGGGCGGCCGGUGCAGGAGAUGAGAGAGAUGGCCAAAGCAGCCGGUCAGUCGUUUCCUGACUUCACCCCUCCAAACGGGGAGACUCAGGAGCAGGUGAAGGAGCGGGUCAAAGAGUUUUUGGAGAAAAUUCUCCAGCAAAUUGGGGCCGAACACUGGCGUGACGGAGGGGAGGAUGAAACGUCCUUAUCUGCUCCACCAGAAACAUCUCCUGUGGAGGGAAAGGCAGACGAUGGGGUCAGGGGCGUCCCGGUCCACGCUUUGGUCGUCACCCACGGGGCCUACAUGUGCGUGGCAGUACGUUACUUUGUGGAGGAGCUACAAUGCUCCGUGCCUCCGGGUUCUGACAAAGCACAUAUGUUCUCUUUAAGUCCUAACACAGGUGUGUGUCGGUUUAUACUAACCGUGAGAAAAGAGGAUGACAGGUUCAAACUGUCUGGGAUCCGCUGUGUGUUCGUCCACAGAGGGGACCAUGUUAAACAGUAGGAGCUAGAUAAACAGAGGUUCUUCAGAAAGAUAUAGGACAGUGGUUCCCAACCUAUUUACCUUCAAGCCCCCCUACUUAUUUCUAAGAAAAGCUGAGGGUCUCCCUUUGUGUCAAGCGGGAGAGCCAAUAGGUUUUUGACCGCAGCGAAAAUGUUAUUUUUGAAAGGCUAAAUGCCAACAAAUAUGGAUUGAAGCAGAAUAUUUUGUUCGAUUUUGUUACUAAGUAGCAAAACAAUAUAUCUUUUUGAUUAGUUUUAUAUACCGACAAAUUUCAAAAUUAUCCUUUAAGUGUGCGAUUUUCGUUAUACAUGAGGAAAUUAAAUUUUGACAACAUCAGAGCAGACAAAUGGUGAGUGAGAGUGGUGUGAAAAUGGUCGGCAGACGCCGCUUUAUUUCAUGUACGUAUCAUAACAACGGCUUGUAUAUCCACCCUCCUCGGUCUUCC